CCGGCCCGUGGCCGGUUUCCAGUUGCUUUCGUAGAAUGUGUUUCGGAAGCGAACCGAAGAGGGAAGUGAUAAUCCCACGCGAGUUCUGCGGGUGAAAGUGGAUAGAGCUGAGAGUGGGGCCUGAAAGCUGCCAACGAAGCAUUUGGGGGCGGAGGCGUGAUAUAAGCGUGAUGGGGACCGUGGCCUACCGGGUUGAUCGCGUGAGAUUUCUGCCCGAGAAUCCGUCGAGCAUUGUCCCAAUCACGAUUUCCGGAGUGGGGGUUGGGGCUAUGGCUGUGCCUUGUUUACAGAGGGAGCAGGUUACAGUUCCUCUCAGUCAUCUUAUCAGUGCCUUCCAUUCACCAAAACCCGUGUCUGUUUCAGUCAGUGCAUCAGUUUCUCCAAACAAGCAUCGAGAUGUAGUUCCAGAGCAUGAGGCUGCUGGCAGUGAGCCUGCACUUAAUUUAAGGGACCUUGGAUUGUCUGAAUUAAAAGUUGGACAGAUUGACCAAUUGGUAGAAGAUCUACUUCCUGGAUUUUACAGAGGCAAAAGUAUUUCUUCCCACUGGCACACAUCUCAUAUCUCUGCACAGUCCUUCUUUGAAAAUAAAUGUGGUCACUUAGAUAUGUUUAGUGCUUUACGUUCCACUUGCUUGUUUCGACAACAUCCAAGAACUCUUCAAAGAAUUUGUUCAGAUCUUCAUUACUGGCCAGUUUUUAUACAGUCUCAGGGUUUUAAAACUUUGAAAUCGAGGACACGACGUCUGCAGUCCACCUCUGAAAGAGUAGCAGAAACACAGAAUGUAGCACCAUCCUUUGUGAAGGGGUUUCUUUUGCGGGACAGAGGAUCAGAUGUUGAGAGUUUGGACAAACUCAUGAAAACGAAAAACAUACCUGAAGCUCAACAAGAUGCAUUUAAAACUGGUUUUGCAGAGGGUUUUCUGAAAGCUCAAACAUUAACACAAAAAACCAAUGAUUCUUUAAGGCGAACUCGUUUAAUUCUUUUUGUUCUGCUUCUGUUUGGCAUUUAUGGACUCUUAAAAAAUCCAUUUUUAUCUGUCCGCUUCUGGACUACUACCGGGCUUGAUUCUGCAGUAGAUCCUGUUCAGAUGAAAAAUGUCACUUUUGAGCACGUUAAAGGAGUGGAGGAAGCUAAACAAGAAUUACAGGAAGUUGUUGAAUUUUUGAAAAACCCACAGAAAUUUACUGUGCUUGGGGGAAAACUUCCAAAAGUAAAAGGAUACUCUUUUCUUUUCCUUAAUAGUUUUAAGCCCAACGAAGGAGUAAUCAUUAUAGGAGCCACAAACUUUCCAGAAGCAUUAGACAAUGCUUUAAUUCGUCCAGGCCGCUUUGACAUGCAAGUUACAGUUCCAAGACCAGAUGUCAGAGGUCGAACAGAAAUUUUGAAAUGGUAUCUGAAUAAAAUAAAGUUUGAUAAGUCUGUUGAUCCAGAAAUCAUUGCUCGAGGAACUGUUGGGUUUUCUGGAGCAGAGUUGGAGAAUCUUGUGAACCAAGCCGCAUUAAAGGCAGCUGUUGAUGGAAAAGAAAUGGUUACCAUGAAGGAACUGGAGUUUUCCAAGGAUAAAAUUCUAAUGGGCCCUGAACGAAGAAGUGUGGAAAUUGAUAACAAAAACAAAACCAUUACAGCUUACCAUGAAUCUGGUCAUGCUAUUAUUGCAUAUUACACAAAAGAUGCAAUGCCUAUCAACAAAGCUACAAUCAUGCCACGAAGGCCAACUCUUGGACAUGUGUCACUGUUGCCUGAGAAUGACAGAUGGAAUGAAACUAGAGCCCAGCUGCUUGCUCAAAUGGAUGUUAGUAUGGGAGGAAGAGUGGCAGAGGAGCUUAUAUUUGGAACUGACCAUAUUACAACAGGUGCUUCCAGUGAUUUUGAUAAUGCAACAAAAAUAGCUAAGCGGAUGGUUACCAAAUUUGGAAUGAGUGAGAAGCUUGGAGUUAUGACUUACAGUGACACAGGGAAACUGAGUCCUGAAACUCAAUCAGCCAUUGAACAAGAAAUAAGAAUCCUUCUAAGGGAGUCAUAUGAAAGAGCAAAACAUAUCUUGAAAACUCAUGCAAAAGAGCAUAAGAAUCUAGCAGAAGCUUUAUUGACCUAUGAGACUUUGGAUGCCAAAGAAAUUCAAAUUGUUCUUGAGGGGAAAAAGUUGGAAGUGAGAUGAUAAUUCUUGAUAUGGAUAUGUUGCUGGUUUUUUUGCAAGAACAUGAAUAUCAUUGCAGUAGUCUUUUGCAGUGCUUUCUUCCUCAUUCUUGAUUUGGUAUAAAUUCAAGAGUGAAUACUUUGUCAACCUUUUGUCACAUUUAUCUAAUUUUGCUUAUUCUCAUGAUCCAUCUCUUGCAAAUUAGCAACGUACUACAAAUAUAUUUUUAAAAAAUAAAGAACUAUCAGGAUUGGAAGCAGUUCA